AUGUCGAAUUUAGAUGACGAUGAAGCUCUUUUCGAAGACUUAUAUGGAGAUGAUGAAAAGGAUACAAAUGAAGUUAAAGAAGAAGCGACAAAUGAUGCUAAAGAUGAAGGUCCAAAACAAAGUCAAUUAGAACAACAAUUAAAUUCCACCCCUGAGGUUCUGACAAUACCUUUACCUCCACCAAUUACUUCAACACAUGAUUCAAGUCAAACUGAAUCAAUUCCACCACCACCACCAUCAGAUCCAGAUCAAAAUGAUUCAGUAGCUGCUACUGCUGGAAGUAAUGAUGCUGCUUCAACAAAUCAAAUGCCAGUUCCACCUCAAUUUAAUUUUGAUCCAGCUCAAUAUGCUCAAUUUGCUGCUGGAAUGUCUCAAAUGCCACAGAUGCCUCAAUUGUCUACUCAGAUGCCACCGCCUCCUCCUCCAGUUCAACAAAAUACAGUAGCUGAUUCAGGUGGUAAAAUGUUUAUUGGUGGUCUUAAUUGGGAUACAACAGAGGAAGGUUUAUUGACAUAUUUUGGGAAAUUUGGUGAAAUUAUUGAUUACACAAUUAUGAAAGAUAAUGCAACUGGUAGAUCAAGAGGGUUUGGUUUUUUAACUUUUAAAAAUCCAGCUUCAGUUGAUGCAGUUAUUAAACAGACUCAUGAACUAGAUGGUAAACUAAUUGAUCCAAAAAGAGCUAUAUCAAGAGAAGAUCAAGAUAGAGUUGGUAAAAUAUUUAUUGGUGGUAUUGAUCCAAUGGUUACUGAAUUUGAAUUUAAUGACUUUUUCUCAAAAUUUGGAGAGAUUAUUGAUUGUCAAUUAAUGAUUGAUAAAGAUACUGGAAGAUCAAGAGGAUUUGGAUUUAUUACUUUUAGUUCACCAGAUGCUGUUGAUAAAGUAUGUGUAAACAAAUAUUUAACUCUUAAUGGUAAAGCAAUGGAAGUUAAAAGAGCAGCACCAAGAGGUCAACAUAAUCAACAAGUUGCAUUACAACAACAGCAACAACAACAAGCCGCUGCAGCUCAACAAGCUCAACAAGGUCAAUUUUAUAAUCCUUAUGCUGCUCAAUAUGGUUUCCAACAAAUGAAUCCACAAGAUUAUAUGAAAUGGUAUCAACAAUGGUAUAUGUUUCAACAAGCUCAACAAGCUCAAGCAGGUGGUGUUGUAGAGCAACAACCAUCAGUACAACCACUUAAUCCACAACAACAAGCGGAUGUAGAUACUGAACAAGCUAAUGCUACUACAAAUGUUCAUUUUAAUGGUAAUGGUAAUGAUAUAGGUAAUGGAUCAUCAGCUUCUCCUGAUUCCUCAAAUGUUGCUCCAGCUUCAUCAAGACCAAAUAUUCCAAGAGGUCCAAAAAGAUUGCCACCAAAUGGUCCAUCUGGAGGUUUCAGAGGAAGAGGUGGUUAUAGAGGAAGAAGUCGUGGAUUCCAUCCAUAUCGUGGUAGUGGAGGAAGAGGAAGAUAUUAA